UCUUAUAGUCUUUAUCCACCAGACUUUGAUAUUUUAUUACAUUUUUUCGCACAAUUCUUCAUCUUCAGCACCCCAAAUAAUCAUAUAUCAAUACAAUUUUUAUUCAAAAGCUUAGAAGCAUCAACAAUUACAAGAAGACAUCUGCAAGCAACCUCAAUAUCGAAUCACUCACCAUAAACGAAACAACAUGAUGUCGUUCCUCACAGAAACUGCUGCUCGCCGCUUGGCUAUCACAUCCACCAGAGUCGCUGUGGUUCCAGUCCCGCGACACUUCAGCACAAGCAUCGCCGCCCAGAAGACAGUCACAGAGAGCGCCAAGGACACAUUAAAAAGCGUAGAUCGCAAGGUCUCGGACAAGUUGGUCGACGGUAUCAAUGCUGGUGCAAACAUUGCCUCGAAAGUCAAGGGCGAAGUCGACACAGGCAAGGUAAAAGGCUCGGCCGAGGAAAUUCGUGGUCAAGCGAAGGGUAAAGCAGAAGAAUUGAAGGGCGAAGCAAGAGGUGCAGCCCAAGAGGCCGAGGGGAAGGUCAAAGGAAACCUAUAAGAGCUUGUGUCAACUAUAAUGAAGGUCAUGAGGUAUAUUGGGAUGCAUUGGUACUGGUCUGUACGGUAUCGAGGUUAGGUUCGACCUCAACAAAAUGAUAUAUUAAGCAUUUCUAUUUUGAUGAAAGACCGCCUUCAGA